UACGGCGAUCGGAUUGCACUUUUACCCAAUUUGGGAAGCUGCAUCUGUUGAUGAGUGGUUAUACAAUGGUAGUCCUUAUGAGCUAAUUGUUCUACACUUCUUACUUGGUGUAGCUUGUUAUAUGGGUCGUGAGUGGGAACUUAGUUUCCGUCUGGGUAUGCGUCCUUGGAUUGUUGUUGCAUAUUCAGCUCCUGUUGCAGCUGCUACUGCUGUUUUCUUGAUUUACCCUAUUGGUCAAGGAAGCUUUUCUGAUGGUAUGCCUUUAGGAAUCUCUGGUACUUUCAACUUUAUGAUUGUAUUCCAGGCAGAGCACAACAUCCUUAUGCAUCCAUUCCACAUGUUAGGUGUAGCUGGUGUAUUCGGCGGUUCCCUAUUCAGUGCUAUGCAUGGUUCCUUGGUAACCUCUAGUUUGAUCAGGGAAACUACUGAAAAUGAAUCUGCUAAUGAGGGUUACAAAUUUGGUCAAGAGGAAGAAACUUAUAAUAUUGUGGCUGCUCAUGGUUAUUUUGGCCGAUUAAUCUUUCAAUAUGCUAGUUUCAACAACUCUCGUUCUUUACACUUCUUCUUGGCUGCUUGGCCUGUAGUAGGAAUCUGGUUUACUGCUUUAGGUAUUAGUACUAUGGCUUUCAACCUAAAUGGUUUCAAUUUCAACCAAUCUGUAGUUGAUAGUCAAGGUCGCGUUAUUAAUACUUGGGCUGAUAUCAUCAACCGUGCUAAGUCUAGAGGGAAGUUGUGAGCAUUACAUUCGUGCAUUACUUCCAUACCAAGGUUAGCGCGGUUGAUGAUAUCAGCCCAAGUAUUAAUAACGCGACCUUGACUAUCAACUACAGAUUGGUUGAAAUUGAAACCAUUUAGGUUGAAAGCCAUAGUACUAAUACCUAAAGCAGUGAACCAGAUUCCUACUACAGGCCAAGCAGCCAAGAAGAAGUGUAAAGAACGAGAGUUGUUGAAACUAGCAUAUUGGAAGAUUAAUCGGCCAAAAUAACCAUGAGCAGCCACAAUAUUAUAAGUUUCUUCCUCUUGACCAAAUUUGUAACCCUCAUUAGCAGAUUCAUUUUCAGUAGUUUCCCUGAUCAAA